UCUCCCCAUAAUUGGGGCACUCUUGAAAAAUCACACCAUGAAAUCAUAGCGAAAAGAAAAGAAAAAUCUCCUGCAUGAAAUGGGUUUUUGUUUGCAGGUGGAUUUUUGAAUAAUGUGUAGUUAUCUGUAGCAAAGUACAUAGCGGAGUUCAAAUAAAUCUAGCUUUCAACUGAGCGAAAAAGAAACCUAAACCUAACCCCUUUUUUUUAUUAGUCAUACUGUAGGGUAUUAGUGCAUCAGAGCCUUAUUUAAUAUUCCCAUAUGUAGGAAUAUUAUUGUUACCACACAAGACCAUUUGGUUCCCUUCAACAGACCAUGGAACAUCUGAGGAAAGAACCUAGUCACUCUGAGAGUUCUUCCUGCGUAGUUUCCACACCCGAAGCACCUCCGGGUGUUUCGCGUGUCGAUGAACUAGAGCAAGAGGCAAAACCCAGUUUCCGAAUCGAUCUAAAUCUGGCUACCAGCGAUUGUGAUCGUGGGUUGAAUCAAGAAGAGCUCAACCUUAUCGAUUCUUUGAACACGGACGGCCGCGAGCAACGGGUUUUUUCGUGCAACUAUUGCCAGAGGAAAUUCUACAGCUCACAAGCUCUCGGGGGGCACCAAAAUGCGCACAAGAGAGAGAGGACUCUGGCGAAAAGAGGGCAAAUGAUAGCUGCUUCGGCUGCUGCUUUCGGGCACCCUUAUUUUCAUCACGGCAGCCACUAUUCAAGCUUGGCUUCUCUUCCACGACACGGUGCAUAUAAUAGAUCUCUGGGGAUUCAGGUGCAUUCGAUGAUCCAUAAACCUUGUAGUUCUCAUGUCUCUUAUGGACGUCAUAGUUGGUCAAGGCCACCUAUAGACCAACAACCGGCGAUAGGGAAGUUGUCGACGGAGAAUUCGGCAUCCCGGGCGAGUGUCGAUUGGUUCAACGUAAUCAAGACGAUGAUGGGUGGUUCUCCAAUUGAUGAAGUGAUGGGUAAUUGUUGGUGGUCAAGUGGUGCUAGUCUAAAAACUAAGCAGGAAGAUCAGAUACACAAGGUUGACCUAUCCCUCAAGCUCUAGUUAACGAGUAUUGUGUAUUUUGAUUAAGAACACACACACACAUAAUAUAUUGUAUUUUCUUAUUAA